AGAAUAUGGCUGACGGCACGGAGGCGCCUCUGUGGUUAGGGUAAGAGCGGUUUAGUUGCUUCACGUUGUAUCGUUUCUGAUAUCCUUAUAAACUAAGGAAUGUGUGGUGAGUGAUUAUUUUUAAUCACAUGUCGUGUUUCCUGCGGGAUAUAUAAUCGCUCUGUUUUUAGUAGUAGUAGUAGUAGUAGUAGUUACAUGGUUAGCUAGCAGACUUGCUGGUUAUCAGCUGUCUGAUUCUAAAUAGCCUCAUACACCCUAUAUUGAUUAACUCCAUACGGUCUGAAGUGAUGGUGUCUACACGGUAUGUAGUGCACUACGUGUUAAUUAGGAAGCCAAUUGUCUACUGAGCUAGUCGCUGAAUUAAUAAACUGCCUUGCAUUUGUUUUGUUAAAACUGUGUAUGUGUACAUUCAUUACGCUUUGCUACACGUAGUUUAGACUUUAAGUGCAAAUAACUGACUUUAUGAUAUGACAUUUUUAAAGCUAGCUUCUAUUAAAUCAUUAACAGCACAAAAUACUAAAAAAAACAAACAAACAACUACCUCACAUUGUCUUGGCUUCAGACUUGUACAGCGUGCUCUGGUGUUUCUGCGUAUUCAUACGCUUUUCUACAGUGUUGUCAAAUUCCUGGACGCAACUCUGAGGUCGUGGGGCAUCACCAACUGGCUGCCAGCAUGGUGCCCGACAUCUCAGUGCAAACUGGAAGAGGCAGAAGAGAGGAUGCUGCACCCCAUCCAGAGCAAGUUCUCCAAGCAGUUUGUCAACAUCUCCGGUGACAACAAGCUAUGGACGCUGGUGUUCAAUGAUGGCGUGGAAUGCAAGACUCCUCUGGUGCUGCUGCAUGGCUUUGGCGGUGGAGUGGGUCUCUGGGCUAUGAACCUGGAUGCUCUGUCCCAGCAGAGGCCUGUGUAUGCUCUUGACCUGCUCGGCUUUGGUCAGAGUAGCAGGCCUCAUUUCAGCACCGAUGCCCAGGAGGCCGAAACGCAGUUUGUGGAGUCCAUCGAAGAGUGGAGGGAAAAACUAGGCCUGGAGAGUGUAAUCCUGCUGGGCCACAACUUGGGAGGAUACCUGGCAACCGCAUACUCACUUAAAUACCCUUCCAGAGUAAAACAUCUGAUCCUGGUGGAACCAUGGGGUUUUCCAGAGUGUCCAGAGGCUGGGGAACAGGACAGACCCUUUCCUGUGUGGAUUAAAGUCCUCGGAGCCAUCCUAAGCCCCUUCAACCCACUGGCUGGCCUUCGCCUUGCAGGGCCGCUUGGUCCAGGUCUAGUGCAGAUUGUGCGACCUGACUUUAAAAAGAAAUAUUCUGCCAUGUUUAAUGACAGCACAGUCCCAGAGUACAUCUACCAUCUUAAUGUCCAAAGCCCAAGUGGGGAAACAGCUUUCAAAAACAUGACCAUCUCAUACGGCUGGGCCAAGCGGCCCAUGCUGCAGCGCAUUGGCCUGAUUCACUGUGACAUUCCCAUUACCGUGAUCUAUGGGUCACGCUCCAGCAUAGAUGGCCACUCCGGCAAUUCAAUCAAAGAAAUGAGGCCAAAUUCCCACGUGGAGCUAAUCGCCAUACGAGGAGCAGGACACUAUGUAUUUGCUGACCAACCCGAAGACUUCAACCACAGGGUACUCCAUGUGUGUGAAACAGUGAGCUGAAGGGUGAUGAGGAAGGACUGCCUUUUUUUUUUUUUAAAUUAAACUCAUUAUAUUCCCUCUUAUAUUAUAUACAGGCUUAAAGAGCUGGCCAGAGCACCUCUGUAAAUCUGUAUGUAUUUACAUGUCGCAGUGCAGCACUCAUUACAGUGUGUCCUUCACCAGACCCGCAUUUUGCACACUGUAGGUUUGCUGAUAGCUGGAGUUUUUACAACUAACAUUGUCAUAGCUGUGCUCAUUCAGGGAUUACUGUACUGAUUGAUGUUUACUGCAUUUUCAAUCAAUAAUAGGAGCAUAUCUGCUAACCUAUAUAGUCACUGAUAAAUAGGUUUAACUGUGUGUGUGUGUGUGUGUGUGUGUGUGUGUGUGUGUGUAUAUAUGUAAGGGGCAACAAUGAGCAAUAAUUAUUAGAGAUGCACCAAUACUAAAUUUCUCAGCCGAUACCGAUAACCGAUUGUUCGAUGAGUGAUAUUGGCCGAUACCGCUAGUUCUGCCUUUUAUGUCUUCUUAUAAAUUAAUAAUAAUUAAUAUCACAAUUCUGAAGGAAAUGCAAAUAAAAACUUUAUUCUCUCCAUUUCAACAAGAUUUCUUAACUUAUUGAAUGUUAUUAAUUCAUAUUAACAUUGACUGAAUUCUAAAAAAAACCUCCUGUUAGUCUCACACUCACUCACCACAAACAAAAGCAUUUCUACUUCAUCAUUAACAUCAAACUGGUAAUAUAUAAUAUAAACCUUUUUAUAUAUUAACAAUAACUGGAUAUGAAAAAUGCUACUCUACAAAUAUAUUUUUCUGUGCUAUAUAUAUAUAUAUA